AAAGAAUCUUGUUGCAGGUGAGUUUAUGAUCGAAUCCUUCUAUGGACAGUGUCUUCGGCAGAUAAUCCCAUGGAAUUUUUGUAUUACGUCUUGCGACACCACUCGUACACAACACUGUCCGAUUGUCGGAGCAUCCAACAGGGUCAUCCAUGGUGAUACAAAAGUCACACGUACUGCUCUUCGCACUACCCUUCACUUCGCACUCAAACGGGCCAGCAAUCUGUUCACAAGACCACACGCGCCCACGUCACGUGCUGACUACAAGUUGGUGAGGCUGUGCUGCAUCGCCACUACGCAGCCACCCCUAGCGCCAGAUCGUGGUGGAGUCGGGCAGCCGAGGACUGCUGCCUUACAAACCAACAACGUGGCACGCCUUCCUAUUCGCAGCCAUUCACGCCAAAAUGCUGACCAUGGCGCCAAGGGUAAAUUCGUCAUGGCCAAACUCUUUCGCUUGAACUACCCCUCCACUGUCCAAGGCUGAGCCAUAGGUACUCAGCCCCGGCCACCUUUCGUCCGUCUACCAUUACUGUGUGCACCCUCCAAGAAGCAGGACUCGGAAAUUGAUCUCACCUC